CUCAGACUGGAAAGGAUGAUAAUAAUGGAUAUGAAGAGAUGGCAAAAACAAAAGAAGGGAGGAUGUAUAAGCAGCCUGUGGCAAAAGGGAUAUUCAUGAUGCAAGCAGCUGAAAGUAUGGAAGCAUUUUCAGAUGAGGAAGUAGGAUCACAAAUUAUUAGAAACUGAAGAAGUGGAACCAGAAAACAUGCAUGAGAAUAUUAACACUGAUAAUGAGAAUUCUAUGGGAGAUAAAGAAAGCACUCCUGCAGUUGACCAUGGUGAAGUUGAAGGGUUAGAAAGAACUUAUGAUGACUCAACUGAAGCCAUUGAAAAGGAUGAAAAAACCAAAGUAGAGGAAUGGGCCAUUUGUGACUACAAUGAAAAUCUAAAAGGAAACAUGAAUGAUCAGGCACAGAGCAGUUCUCCAGAAGUACUGGAAAUGAAUGAGUCAAAGAGUAAAGAUGUAAAAAAACAAAAGAAGAUUUUCCUCUUUAAAAAAAUGCCAGUGACAAGUCAGAAAAAUAUGCAGGUUGGUGGUAAGCCACUUCCAGAGAUAAAACCAUUGGGAGAUCAAAUAGCUUAUAAAAGGAACACCAGCCAGGACCACGUGGAGCCACAUAAUCAGAAUACUUCACCACCAAAUAUGGAGAGGUCAAAAUCUUGCGUCAUUCUUUGAAUACAAGGUUUUUGUGGUUAUGGAGUGUAUUGUCAUUUAUACUUGAAAAAUGUUACAACUUCUGAGAAAAGUUCUUAAUAACAGACUUUUUGAAGGUAUAAGUUGUUUCAUUUGGUUUAAACACUAUGACCAGUUUUGAUAUUUAUUUAUGCUAAAAUUUUUGACAAGCAGUUUCAAAAUUCACGUGUCUCAAACUCUAAGUGUUGUGGCCUUAACUGUUCAGUGUUGUGACAAAAAAUAUAUUUUUAUAUGUGAAAAUUGAGUUACAAUAUUUCACAGUUUUUACUAUACAAUAUUACUUCAUAAGACAAUAUUUGCAAUGUCAUGACACUGCAAUAGUUUUUAAUACAUUUGUAGUUUUUUAAAAACUGAGACAAAACUGUUUGCAAUGAGCAUAUUUUUAAUAAACUUUAUCUGGUCAGUUCUCUUAAAAUGAAUGAGAAUUAAACAUGGAAGUAUUUGGAGUUACCAAUUGGCAAAAUGUAGAAAACACAUAUAAUUUUAAAAUAUUGAAGGGUGCAAAAUGCAUAGGCUCCUGACUGAAGAAACCAUUAAUGCAAAGUCGUAAACAGUACAUCUUUGUGGAGGAACUGAGUGUGGAAGUUUCUUUGCUUCCCUCUCCUUUCUUGAGGAAGGUGAAAGCAUUACAGAUUGUAUGGGGUGAUCCAAGGUAUUGGGCUGUGCCACAGAUUGCAUCAUAGGAGAUGCAGACAGCCAAGCUUCUUCAUUUCAACUGUCUCUAGCAUUGAUGGUGGUAACCAAGUGUGGCUCAGUCACACAGUGCAUUGCCACAAGGGACAGGAAGGACAAAGCUAUUAAGUCUACUUGGAUAGAAACAUGGCUUGCCUUUCUCAUAGGUGCUACUUAGGUAAUGGAGCCAACUACCUUCGUUUUCCCUAUUUUAGCUCAAUAACAAAACACUAUUCUUAAUCACAGUGUCUAUUACUCCUUUCAAACAAAGAAAAAAAAUCCAUCUUUCUGUUUCAUAAACAAGGUUUAUAAGGAUGUUAGUCCAAAGUAGAUGUAAGUCUGAAUUCUUAAAAAAGUCUUCUGUGUAAAUAUUACAUUCAGUACAAUUCUAAUUUUAUUAAAGGUAAAUACAAUAAAAUUUUUGGCAAGUACAACUAUGGUAGUAGAACAAUAUUGCAAAAAUACUUUGCCAAAAUAUAAACUGUAGGAGCCCAGUGGAAGUAAACCUCACAAACGGUACUAAGGCAUGCCAGUUUUCAUAGGCAGAAUUUUAAGAUGGCCCUCAAGGUUCUACCUGCUGAUGCCCAUGUGCCUUUAAUAAUUCUUCCCCCACAUUUUAAAAAUUAUUUUAUUUAAAUUGUUUUUGUUAACAUACAAUACUUGUACUUUUUAUGGUGUGCAGUGCAAUCUUUAACACAUACACACAACAUAAACCAAUGAUACCAGGCAACUGACUUUUCCAUUUCCUUCUUUCCUUUGUCUUUGGAGCCUACUAGCUCCCCUCUUCCUCUAGUACUUUUUUAUAUAGUGGAUAGCACGUUAUUGUGAACUGUAGUCAUCCAACUGUGCUAUGGAACACUGGAACUUAUUACUUCUCUCUGACAGUGUUUUGGUAUUUGUUAAUCCAACCUCCUUGUAUUCCCUACUUCCCAACCUUUGGUGAUAACUAUUCUGAGUUCAGGUUGACUGUUGUUUUAAACUUCCAUAUAUGCAAGAGAACCUACAGUAUUUGUCUUUUUGUGUGUGACUUUUUUCACUUAACAUAAUGAUCACCAGUUCCAUCCAUUUUGCUGCAAAUGUCAGGAUGCAAAAUGCAUAUACCCCUGACUGAAGAAAACAUUGAUGCAAAUAUGUAAAUAAUACAUCUUUGUAGAGGAACUGAGUAUGGAAGUUUCUUUGCUUCCCACUCCUUUCUUUAGGGAGGUGAUUUGGCAUGAAAAUGUUACAGAUUAUAUGGGGUAAUACAAACUAGUUGACCAUGCUGCAGAUUUUGCUACCUUAGGAGAUCCAGACACAGUCAAGCUUCCUCAUUUCAACUGUCUAGCAUUGAUGAUAGUAAUGGCUGAUUAAUAUUACUUUGGGUAAAUAUACCAUAUUUUCUUUAUCCAUUCACCCAUGGAUAGACAUUUAGCUUGAUACUGUAUCUUGACAUUUUGUUAAGAGUGCUACAAGGAAGUUGGGAGUGUAGUAGAUACCUCUUCCAUAUACUGAAUUCAUUUCCUUCAUACACACACACACACACACACACACACAGAGAGAGAGAGAGAGAGAGAGAGAAGUAGGAUAGCUAGAUCUCAUAGCAGAUCUGUUUUUUAGAGAAAUGCCCAUACUGUUCUCCAUACUGGCUGUGCAGACUUAAAUCCCUGCCUUCCUUGUAUCAGGGCUCUCUUUUCUCCCCAGUCUUGGCAGCAUUUGUUACUUUUUGUGUUUGUGAAAAUAGCCAAUUCCAGCUGGAGUGAGAUGACUCUUCAUUGUGGUCUUGAUUUGCAUUUCCCUGACGGCUACUAAUAUGAUGAGCAUUUGUUCAUAUAUCUCUUUACCAUUUGUAUUUCUUCUGAGAAAUGUCUGUUUAGAACCUUUAUUUCUUAAUUAGAUUGUUAUUUAUUAAUUAGAUUGUUGAGUUUUUUGAAUUCCUUAUGUAUUCUGGAUAUUGUCAAAUGCAUAGUCUGCAGAUAUUUUUCCCAUUCUAUUGGUUGUCUCAUCGCUCUUGAUUGUUUCUUUUGCUGUAUCUAACUUCUUAAUUUGAUGUAAUCCCAUUGGUUUUUGCUUUUGUUGCCUGUGUUCUUGGGGGUCUUACCCAAAAAAAAAAAUCACCUAUGGGAAUGUCUUAAAGUCUUUACCUUAUGUUUUCCUCUGGUGGUUUCAUAAUGUUAAUCUUACUGACAAUUGAUACAUUUUGAAUUUAUUUUUUAUAGAGAGAGAGGUAGGGGGAGAGAGAAAGAUACAAUAAUCUCCCUCUGCUGCUGCACUCCCCAAAUGUCUGCAACAGCCAGAUCUGGGCCAGUCCAAAGCCAGAAAUCAGGAACUCCAUCCUGGUCUCCCAAAUGGGUGGCAGGGGCCCAGGUAUUUGAAUUGUCAUCCACUGCCUUCCCAGGCACAUCAGCAGGGAGCUGGAUCAGAAGAAGUGCAGCCAGGACUUGAACUGGCACUCUGAUGUGAGAUACUGACAUUGCAAGUGACAGCUUAACCCACUGUACCAUGCCCCAUCGCCUUUUUGUAGCUCUUAUGAAUGAGAUUGCUCUUAACAUUGCUUUCCCAGUGACUUUAUUAUUACUGUAUUAGAAUGCUAAUGAUUUUUGUGUGUUGACUGUAUAUUGAAACUUUACUAGAUAUGUUUAUCUAUUCUAAUAAGAAUCUCUAUCCAUUCAAUAAGAAUCUCUCUAUAUAGAAUCAUGUCAUCUUUAAGCAGGGAUAAUUUCAAUUGCUCCUUUCCUAUUUAUAUGUCUUAUUUUAUUCUUGCCCAUUGACUCUGAAUUAACUUUUAGUACCAUAUUGAAAAAGAACAGUGAGACUGGACAUCUCUUUCUGGUUUCAGAUUAUAGAGGAAAGGCUUUCAGCGUCUCCCCAUUAGAUAUGAUAUUAGGUUUGUCAGAUAUAUUAUGUUGAGGUAUGUUCCUUCUAUACCUAGUUUUUUCAAGUUUUUUAUCAUUAAUGGUUGCUAAAUUUUAUUAAAUGCUUUUUUCUGCAUUUUUGAAACUAUGAUCAUAUGAUUAUUAUUUUUUAAAGAUUUAUUUAUUUGAAAGGCAGAGAUUACAGAGAGAGAAGGAGAGACAGAGAAUGAGAACUUUCAUCCAGUGGUUCACUCCCCAUGUGGCGCAACAGGUAGGACUGAGCCAGGAGCCAGGAGCUUCAUCCAGGUCUCCCACAUGGGUGCAGGGGUCCAAAUCCUUGGACCAUCUUCCACUGCUUUCCCAAGUGCAUUAGCAAGAUGGUAGAUUGAAAAUGGAGCAGCCAGGACCCCAUAUGGGAUGCAGACAUUGCAAGAGUUGGCUUAACCCACUAUGCCACAGUGCCAAUCAUUGAUUAUGGCUUUAUUCUUCAUUCUGUUGAUAUCAUGUGUUGCAUUUAUUGAUUGCUUAUGUUUAGCCAUCCCUGCAUCUGGGAUAAAUCUCAUUUAAUUAUGAUAAAUGAUUUUUAGAUGUGUUGUUGGAUUCAAUUUGCUAGUAUUUUGUUGAGAAUUUUCUUCAUUCCAGGAGCAUGUUGGUCAGUCUCCAUGUAUUUGUACAAUUUCUAAAUUUUCCUUGGUUGUUGGUUUCUAGUCUUCCAUUAUGGUCAGAAAAAUACAGAAUAUGAUAUUUUUAAUUGAGACUUGUUUUGUGGUAUAAUAUAUAGUCUAUCCUAGAGAAUGUUUCAUGUGCCAGUGAAAAGAAUGUGUAUUCUGCAGCUGUUAGGUGGAAUGUUCUAUAAGCACCUGUUAGGUUCAUUUGGCUUUUAGUGUAGUUUAACUCAUGUGUCUAUGUGAUUUUUAGUCUGUGUGAUCUGUCCCUUGAUCAACAUGGAGUGUUGGAAGUCCCUCAUUAUUACUGUGUUAGAGCUUAUCUCCCCCUUUGGAUCUAGUGUUUGUUUUAUAAAAUUGGGUGCACUGACAUUAGGUGCAUAUACAUUUACAGCUAUCAUAUCUUCUUGUUGGAUUGGUCCCUUGAUCAUUAUAUAGUAACUUUCUUAUUUCUUUUUUUACAAUUUUAUCUUAAGGUCUGUUUUAUCUGUUACAAGUAUAGCUACUCCUGCUCACUUUUGGUUUCUGUUUCUAUGAACUGUCUUUUUCUAUCUUUUCACUUUUAGUAUGUAUGUGCCUUUACUGGUGAAGUGAGUUCUUAUAGGCAACAUUGUUGGGUCUUAUUUCAGCCAUUCUCUUAAUUGGAAAAUCUGUUUCAUUUACAUUCAAGUUAAUUAUUGAUAAAUAAUGACUUAGGCCUGUCAUUUAAAUAUUUCUUUUGUUUGGAAUAUGCUUUGUUCUGUUUCUAGUGGGUUUUAUACUUUACAUUUCCAUGAUGGUUGUUAGUUUUGAUUCUGUAUGUGGGACUCCCUUAAACAUCUGUUGUUAAGACUGGUCUAGGGCCGGCGCCGCGGCUCACUAGGCUAAUCCUCCGCCUAGCGGCGCCGGCACACCGGGUUCUAGUCCCGGUCGGGGCGCCGGAUUCUGUCCCCGUUGCCCCUCUUCCAGGCCAGCUCUCUGCUGUGGCCAGGGAGUGCAGUGGAGGAUGGCCCAGGUGCUUGGGCCCUGCACCCCAUGGGAGACCAGGAAAAGCACCUGGCUCCUGGCUCCUGCCAUCGGAUCAGCGCGGUGCGCCGGCCGCAGCAUGCCGGCCGCGGCGGCCAUUGGAGGGUGAACCAACGGCAAAGGAAGACCUUUCUCUCUGUCUCUCUCUCUCACUGUCCACUCUGCCUGUCAAUAAUAAA